UAAAGCCAAUCUAAAACCUCAUGGAACAUUACACUCAAUGGUUUACAUACUGUCUACUGCAUGUCACACUGUUUUCUGACUUUUUGUGAGAUGCUGCACCAACUUUCCCCACAUGUUUUCCACACGUUUAUUUAGCAAACAAGAAAAGUUUUUUUCUCUCGACAUUACUUUGGAAGUAGCCUUCUGUGUGACUUGGUAAUUCUUUUCUUUGGCAGAAUUCAGCUUUUUAUAGUUCGAAUUCUCACUUUUGCUGGACUUUGUAAAAGUGUUAUUCUUGACGGUUGUUUAUCGUUGACGGAACAGUCACUUUCGGUGUGUCGACUCGCGUCGACGGGACGAUAUAAGAUUUAUUCAUGAAUCGUGAGGAGACAGGCGUUAAAAUUUCGAAUUACAGGGAUUACAACGCGUAUCAUCGCUACAAUAUGCCGAUGUUACCCGACCAUGCCGAGUACUUAUUCCCAUGCCCUGGGCCUUAUUCCAUGGAUGAAUAUGGCGAAAUUCCUUUGGAUACUACCUGUACAUUAAAAACAGCUCCAGCGCUCCGGAUGGAUUUCAACUUUGACCAGUCCGACGUGAAACCUGAGCUGGAGGAGCCGUGUCCGGUGUGCGGAGACAAGGUGUCAGGUUACCACUAUGGCCUGCUGACCUGUGAGUCCUGCAAGGGGUUCUUCAAGAGGACAGUCCAGAAUAAGAAGGUCUAUACAUGCAUAGAGAACAGGAAUUGCGCUAUUGAUAAGACACAACGCAAAAGGUGUCCCUACUGCCGCUUCCAGAAGUGCCUCAAGGUUGGCAUGAAGCUUGAAGCUGUGAGGCCGGACAGGAUGAGAGGAGGACGAAAUAAAUUCGGUCCCAUGUACAAGCGUGACAGAGCACUAAAACAACAACAGAGAAACCGUAUAAUCGCCAGUGCCCGGGCUAUGUCCACGCCGGGCAACCCGGACAUAAGCAUGGCUAUCAAAAACAUCCAUGCGGCGGCCUCACGGAGUUCAGGCCUCCCUCCACCUCCAACCAUGGUCAUCCGCGACCACCUCAACAAGGGCCCCAUCAUGAACAUCCCUCAACCGAUGUCGUUACCCCAGAACGACCCCUACGGCCCUCCCCCGCAGAUACAGCCGCUCAACUACACGACGUCGACAGCGCCCAUCCAACCACCCACAUCCAGUCCGCCCCCGCCCGCGUCGAGUACCAGCCCGUUGUCGGUGAAAACCGAACCUGACCACACCCCGAAGCUCAUCCAGGAGCUCAUACGAAGCGAACCAGACCAGGCUCAACUCCAAGCUAAGGUCGCUUCGUACUUCCAAUCUGCCAUGGGUAUGACGGCACCAGGGGACUUCUUCAGUAUGGUCUGCAAGCUGGCUGACCAAACCCUCUUUGCAUUUGUGGACUGGGCCAGGAAUAGUCUCUUCUUCAAGGAACUCAAGGUUGAAGACCAGAUGAAGCUCCUGCAGAACUCGUGGAGCGAGCUCCUCCUCUUCGAUCAUCUCUACCGACAGAUCCACCACCACGGAGAGGGUGUCCUCAUGAUCACUGGCCAUACGUUAGACCAGGCCACGCUCUCACACAUGGGUCCUGCUGACGUCAUUGAUCAGAUGGGCAACAUCGUCAUGCGAAUGCGUGAACUCAAGCUGGACCACAAAGACUAUGUUUGUCUUAAGUUUAUGAUCCUCCUUAAUCCAGGUAUUGUUGCACUCCAUGAUAAGCAUAUAAUCGACGGAUGCCAAGACCAGAUCAGCGCUGCCCUGCUAGAGCAUACCAUGACGGCAUACACAAACGUUUCAGACAAAUUCCGACUCAUGCUGAGGCUACUUCCUGAGAUCAGGCAGAUCAGCCAACGGGCAGAGGAGUACCUGUACUACAAGCAUCUAAACGGCGAAGUACCCUACAACAGCCUUCUUAUGGAGAUGUUGCACAGCAAACGAAAAUGAGCCGAUUGACAUUUCUGAUGACUUCCCUCUUAUUCUAUCAAGAAGAGGGGGUGUCUGAGACUUUGAGUAAGGACCACUUAUGCACUUCGUCGCACCUAUGUAACACCUGCAGCUCUCGCGCCUGAACCACACUUCCAUUCACGUUUAACGGACGGAUGGACGGACAGACAGACGAACCAAGACAUGUCGCGUGAACAAGUGGGGGGUUGUCCGGCCGGGAGUGUCUGAUUUUCUAGUGUGUGACCAGCGUUUGUGCAUACGUAUUACGUGGUAUCAUCUUCCGUGACACAAACGUGCUCGGGAUGCCGUUAUGAGGACGUAUGCAUCAAACUUUUAUAUGCAUGAAGAAUUGCUGAAUACGCAAACCAAAGAGUGUUUAUGGACAAGACUGUAUAUACUAAAUAUAUAUACCUAUGUGACUCUUUUUAUCAUUACUAUGUCAAAUGGCAGGAUGUUCCCAUGACGCAUGUGAGAAGCAGACGACAUAAGGAUAUUUUGUUCCCAAGUUUCGUCGCAGAAAGCCAUUGCCCUAACUGUCUUAUCCUUUGCCAAGAUGAAAAUGAACUCAUGAAAACAACAAAAUGGUAUCUUAAAAUACUGUACGUACAAAGACCUCUCAUGGUCAUAUCUCUUUUUUAAAUAAAUUUUGCUUGGAUGUGUUUAUCGAGAAAAACAUUAUAUGAGGACGGAGGGAGAAGGAGGAAGAAGAAGACGACUUCGCAGCAAAGCUGUGUUUCUCUUUUAAAAGCGUGCCAUGACGACUGAAACGUCUGGUAUGUAGCUAUGGCAACUAACUGAUACCAGACCCCACAUUGUAAGUUAGUUUAUGUUCUCUAGUGUAAGAGUAUAUGUCAUGUCUAUGUUAGUGUAAAAUGGCCAUCAAAUGGUGUUUAACUUGAUCAAAGUAGAAGAAAUAAAGGUGUGUUUGGAAAUUGGAACAACAUUGCAUAAUGAGAAAUGAAAUAUCCCAUUGAAAUUCAUACUAAGCGCACACCUCAACUUUAGGGUAUGCCUUUUUAAACUGCAUCACACCGAAUUCAUUAUUCAAGGUGGAUGAGAAAAUGAAAUAAACUUUUUUAAUGAGGUGUUAUGUGAACUCAGUGAUUCAAAAUCGUCAUAAAAAAUACUUGUAAUUUGUAUAAAACAUGAAAUCCUUGUCACUGUGCAUCCAGUUCUGCAUUAAAUGCACGUGCACACUUUUUCUGAAAUCAUGUAGUUCUUGAGGAAGAGUACUAGGAAUCCAACUUGAUGACAAUGUAAAUCUGGAUUAAGUCGAUCAGGAUCGCACACAGACAACACACAAACAAAUUUGUUUUGGUUCUUUACUGCUCUCCUGAAUUUGUCAAACUCUUAAGGCUGAAAUUUUCUUGUUUAAUUUGAAUUUUAUAACUAGGCAAAAUGACUUACCUGUUAAGUGUCCAUCACCGAGUUAGUUAUUUUCCUGAAAAGGAUGGUUCCCACAAUGUCAGCCCAAGCCUUAUUGAAAUCUUGUGAAGGUAAACUGAGGAUUUAAUUCUGUAUGUUGAUGCACAUUGGUCUAGUUUCUGUUUGACAUGAAUCUAAGUGAUGUUUGAUGUCAUAAGCGCCCUUGCCAUAUUAGAUCCUUCCACCCUCUUCCGAGUAAUAAUAACAUAAUAAUAAUAAUAAUAAUAAUAAUAAUAAUA